AUGCAAGCCGAGGACUACGAUGAUGAUACAGGAGCUGUGAGGCCUGGCACGGCUCAAACGGCCACACGUCGCCAACUCUCAUCAAGACCACCACCAAAAGUCACGCAAAGGCGCGCUGACAGCGACUCGGGAUACUCUUCGCACACCAGCGCACCUCCUGGCGCUCUUGCCGUCCAAAACAUCGUCGCUACGUCCAAUGCGACACGCAGGCCAGCAGGAAGUAGCCCGAGCAAGAGCACGUCCGCAGUGCAAUGGAGAGAAAGUCAAAGCGCACGACCUCAAGCCCCAUGUCGCUCAGCAUCGGUGUCUCGCGUAUGCGCCGAUCUGAAUUGUGGUCAUUCGUCAUGUGCUAGUAGGCGGAAUCCCGAGCGCCGAUUUACGUUCGCGUCUCGAGUCGAUGCAGCUCAAUAUGCUGCAGUCCUGGCGGAACAACAGCGGCAAGCACAAUUAGCACGACAACCUGGUCCGUACAUCGCCCCAAUACAGACGACUCCGCUGCCGGCGGCACCUGUCAUGUCUUCCCAGCCAAGACCCGUACCUACACCAUUAACACGCUCAGCCAGACCGGUUUCCGUCUAUGGCUAUGCGAAUGUGAGCGGAUACGUUCAGCCAGGCCAGUAUGUGCCGCCGCACUCACCAUCUGGUUACCACAACUUUCCGGCAACGUACUAUCCGCAAUACCAGCCUCCAGCAGCAGGUAUCUAUGGCACUACGCCUCCCAACCAAAUCAUGCCACAGUACGCACAGGCAUCUCCAAUAAUGCAGUCGCCUGGUACCGUGCAAUAUACUGCUGCACCCGCUCUAAACCGGACAUACUCUGCGAGGGACAUCACUCCCACAGCCGUGAACUAUGCGACUCCUGUUGCUGCUCCAGUACAACCUAUGACGCGCCGACUCUCGGCGCGGCAACCAGCUUCCAUGCCCGGCACCUUCCCCGGCGCUGAGGAGGGCGAGACAGAAGACUCCGAGUCUGACUAUGACUCUGAAGCGGAACGUGAAGCACGGCGUGAAGCUGACCGAGAGCGUCGCCGCCGUGCCAGAGAUAGCAAGAUGAUGCCACCCCCAGUAUUACGCCGACCGUCCCUGAGCACAAGGAACACCACUUCUGCCGCAACAUCAAGGCGAGUGUCGCGCGAACCCAUCAAGCGGAACCCCAGGUCCGAUACAGACUUCGACUAUCCAUCGUCGGAUCAAGUCGACUCUGACCGCACCACAAGAGCAGAUAUCUACAGGCCUACUACAACUGAUUCGUCUUAUUCAGGCAGGAGUCGUCGGCCAUCAAUUUCGACCACAGCCUCAUCUGGCAGGACCAGAGCAACCACGGUAUCUGACAGGUCGGGACUCAGUAGACGUGAAGUCAUCAUCGAGGACCGACAUGGCCGCCGUUCAGAGUACCUUUCCAAGAACGAAUACAACGACCUUGUCCGCCGAUACGAGCAGCAGAAGCUGGAGGACAUUGAGGUUCAAGAUCGUGCUGAGCGAUAUCAGCAACAGAUUCGUGGUCGACAAGUACCCGAGCUCACGGCGGAGAAUAUCAAGCAAUUGUCUGAGCGACGGACCAGCGGCAGCCAUAUUUCUGGCCACAGUCGCAAGAGCAGUCAAUCUGCGCAAGCUGCCAAGGAUGGAGGUAUCAGGAUCGAGUCGAAUGGUACCGUACUACAUGUGUACGGCGAUGCUCGGGUAGAGAUGAAGCCCGGCGAGGAUGGCAAGAAUGCCAUCAUUAUCGGAAGCAGUUCUGGAAGGGAUAGCGCUUAUCACGGGAGCAGGAGUUCUGGUAGCAGGAUCAGCAAAAGGAAAGAUACUAUCACGGAAGAGUAUGAGGACAGGUUGUAG